GGUAUUUUGUCCCUUGGCGGACACCGUUUGCCAGCAAAGCUAUGUCUCCGCGCUUGCCGACUUCCUAGGGUGCUGAAUCUCGCCUUUUCCUCCCAAGCUGGCCAUGGCUAGCCGAGGAGCUCGGCAGCGCCUGAAGGGCAGCGGGGGCAGCGGUGGGGACACGGCCCCGGCCGCGGACAAGCUGCGGGAGCUGCUGGGCAGCCGAGAGGCAGGCGGCGCGGAGCCCCGGACAGAGUUAUCUGGGAACAAAGCAGGACAAGUCUGGGCGCCUGAAGGAUCUACUGCUUUUAAGUGCCUGCUUUCUGCAAGGUUAUGUGCCGCUCUGCUGAGCAACAUCUCUGACUGUGAUGAAACAUUCAACUACUGGGAACCAACACACUACCUCAUCUAUGGGGAGGGGUUUCAGACGUGGGAAUAUUCCCCAGCAUACGCCAUUCGCUCCUAUGCUUACCUGUUGCUUCAUGCCUGGCCAGCUGCAUUUCAUGCAAGAAUUCUACAAACUAAUAAGAUUCUUGUCUUUUACUUUUUGCGAUGCCUUCUGGCUUUUGUGAGCUGUAUUUGUGAACUUUACUUUUACAAGGCCGUUUGCAAGAAGUUUGGGCUGCACGUGAGUCGCAUGAUGUUGGCCUUCUUGGUUCUCAGCACUGGCAUGUUUUGCUCAUCAUCAGCUUUCCUUCCUAGCAGCUUCUGCAUGUACACUACAUUGAUAGCAAUGACUGGAUGGUAUAUGGACAAGACUUCUGUUGCUGUGCUGGGAGUAGCAGCUGGGGCAAUCUUAGGCUGGCCAUUCAGUGCAGCUCUGGGUUUACCCAUCGCCUUUGAUUUGCUGAUCAUGAAACAGAGGUGGAAGAGUUUCUUUCGUUGGUCACUGGUGGCCCUAAUACUCUUUCUGGUGCCUGUGGUGGCCAUUGACAGCUACUAUUAUGGGAAGUUGGUGAUCGCACCGCUCAAUAUUGUUUUGUAUAAUAUUUUUACUCCUCAUGGACCUGAUCUUUAUGGUACAGAACCCUGGUAUUUCUAUUUAAUUAAUGGAUUUCUGAAUUUCAACAUAGCCUUUGCUUUGGCUCUUCUGGUCUUGCCACUGACUUCUCUUAUGGAGCACCUGCUGCAGAGAUUUCAUGUUCAGAAUUUAGGCCACCCAUAUUGGCUUACCUUGGCUCCAAUGUAUGUUUGGUUUAUAAUUUUCUUCAUCCAGCCUCACAAAGAGGAGAGAUUUCUUUUCCCUGUAUAUCCACUUAUAUGUCUCUGUGGCGCUGUGGCUCUUUCUGCACUUCAGAAAUGUUACCACUUUGUGUUUCAACGAUACCGUCUAGAGCACUACACUGUGACGUCAAACUGGCUGGCGUUAGGAACCGUCUUCCUGUUUGGGCUUUUAUCGUUUUCUCGCUCCGUGGCCCUGUUCAGAGGAUAUCAUGGGCCCCUUGAUUUGUAUCCAGAAUUUUACCGAAUUGCUACAGACCCAACCAUCCACACUGUCCCAGAAGGCAGACCUGUGAAUGUCUGUGUAGGAAAAGAGUGGUAUCGAUUUCCCAGCAGCUUCCUUCUGCCUGAUAAUUGGCAACUUCAGUUCAUUCCAUCAGAGUUCAGAGGCCAGUUACCAAAACCUUUUGCAGAGGGACCACUGGCCACCCGGAUUGUUCCUCGUGACAUGAAUGACCAGAACCUAGAAGAACCAUCCAGAUACGUCAACAUCAGUAAAUGCCAUUAUUUAGUGGAUUUGGACACCAUGAGAGAAACACCCCGGGAACCCAACUAUUCAUCCAAUAGAGAAGAAUGGAUCAGCUUGGCCAUCAGGCCAUUCCUCGAUGCUUCUAGGUCUUCAAAGCUGCUACGGGCGUUCUAUGUCCCCUUCUUGUCAGAUCAAUAUACAGUAUAUGCAAACUACACUAUCCUCAAGCCCCGGAAAGCAAAGCAAAUCAGGAAGAAAAGUGGAGACCGGAGAAGAACAGAACCAACUUACAGGAGAAAUUGAAAAUCCUUGGACUGGAUGAUUGUAUUAAGCUGUUCUCCACACUCUGGCCUGGCACCUGAGAACUAGCGAGCCUGGGCCACACGGGCUUCUCCACCAAAGCUGUUUGGCAGCUCCUAGCAGACCUUCUUGUUCAGACCCUUGUGCUGAAAAAGAACACAGUCUAGUUGCCAAUCUACAUGUCUGUUUCACCUCCAGCAAGACUAAGCUUCUGUAAAGUACUUUACAAGACUAGGACCCUGUCCUGGAGCUAUCUCAGGAAAAAGGCGACCAUCUGAGGAACUGUGACUUAAUUUUUAUUUAUAUAUGAUGCCUCUAAUUUUCAUUUUUUUCUUUUACAACCACUUGUAACCAUAUGGCAGUUAUGUGUUUGUGUGUUUUGAGUUUUAGCAUGCUAUUUCAUGAAUUCUAGACUCCUUUGUAUAAAGUAUCAACAGACCAAGCUAUAACUGUAUAGAACAUAUUUGGAACACAUUAAUUCUAUCCAUUGGUAGAUUUGGAUGACAUCAUAUUUUUAAGAAAUAUAUUCUGAGGCCAUUGCUGAGGAAAUUAUUAUUAGUAUUUCCCUUAAAAAAAAUCCUAGUAAAAAGGACUAGUGUACUACAUGUAUUGAUAGCACCUAUUUUUGAGUUCUGUCUAAAGCACACGCUGCAUGGGAUAUUUCUAGUCAAACAGGCAAUGAUAAUGACCUAAUUAAAAUGUACCAAAUAUAUACUAUUACUUUACCUGAACAUGCAGUAUUUCAGUUUACAAGGCACUUUCAUAGCAUCUCAUUUGAUCCUCACAGGCACAAUGUGUGGAGGACGAGGCAGUGACUUUAUCUCCAUUUCACAGAUAAGAAAACUGAGGCUCAUUAGGGAGGUAGAGUGACUUCCUCCCCAGCCAGUAAGUGGUAGAGCUGACCCGAGAAGCUAGGUUAUCUAACUUCUCCACUAGUACUCGUCUAUGACAAUACUGCUUGAAAGGAUGAUGAGGUUGACCAGAGGCCUGUUUGGUAUUGUAACCCUUGAGUUUUUGGAGCCUCCAGUCUGCUGUGUGUUAGACCAGCACAGAAGUGCUGGGUGACACAUCCUGGCCUGUGGUAGGAAAGUAGAGCUUAUAUUUGGAAGUCAUGUUCCUUUGCAGCCACACAGGAUCCAGAUAUCAGCACUACACUUAAAUCCAUCUGGUGGUCACGUUAGAGGUGCCUUAUUUCCUAAGAGUAAUUGUUUCUAAUGUCUGCAAAUGGAAUGAUUCUAUUUUUGAGAAUUCCCAUCUUUUAUUUUUCGACAGAAGGACUUUAAUAGGAACCAGUCCCAAGAGAGGAGAAAAGAGGCUCUAACAGAAGAAAUGAGUAGGCACCAUGUGAAAAGUUCCUCUUUGAGAUCCCCUCUAACAUCUGAGACAAAGUUGAAGCACUGGAGAGGUAAUAGGUCUAGACCAGAAGUGUUCAACCUUUCUUUUUUUUUUUCCUUGCUAAACAUUGGAAGAAUAAGAGUUAUCUCAGGCCACACAUUAAAUACAAAAACACUAAUGAAAGCUGAUUAGCAGAAAAAGUCUGUGCAUGCUUUUCAUGGUAUCUGACACCACAGAUAAGCAAAAAAGUCCCCACAAAAUCAGCAUGCAGCCUGGGGGCCGCAGGCUGGACACCCUUAGUCUAGACCAGUGGUUCUCAACCUUCCUAAUGCCGCGACCCUUUAAUACAGUUACUCAUGUUGUGGUGACCCCCAACCAUAAAAUUAUUUUUGUUGCUACUUCAUAACUGUAAUUUUACUACUGUUAUGAAUCAUAAUGUAAAUAUCUGAUAUGCAGGAUGGUCUUGGGCGACCCCUGUAAAAGGGUCGUUCAACCCCCAAAGGGGUCACGACCCACAGGUUGAGAACCGCUGGUCUAGACAGUAUAGAAAGAUAACUGGAGAGUGACUGAAGAUAGACUGAGGUGCCACUUGCUUUAAAGCUCUCUAGCAGCUGGGCGCAGUGUCUGAUGCCUAUAAUUCUGGUGAUUUGGGAGGCUGAGGCUGGAGGAUUGCUUGAGGUCAGGUGUUUGAGACUAGCCUGGACAACAUGGUAAAUCCCCAUCAGAUUAGCAGGCAUAGUGUCUUGUGCCUAUUGUUCCAGUUACUUGAGAGGCAGAACCCAGAGGAUUGCCUGAGGCCAGAGUUUAAGGCUGCAGUGAACUGUGAUCUUUCAUUACACUCCAGCCUAGGUGACCGAGCAAGAUUAGCACAUUGGAUCUAGAUACAAGGUGGAGAAUUAUAAGUGAAACAUCUUGCCUUACUUAUAGCAAGUGACUGUCCUUCAUGGGAGCUGGGGCCUCUACUUUUUGUAGGGGUAGAUAAAGGAGUCCAGUAAUGGAGGUCCACGACAAGUGGCUUUUUUCUAAUCAAAGCAGUACAAAGUAGAUCUGUUUUGUCAUCUUUCUUGUUUAAAAAAAAUAGGGUUUUGAGCAAGAAUUUAAUUAUAAUAUAGCACAAAAAAGGACCAGAACUUAUAUAGGGAUUCCUUAGAAAUAUCAAUUCCUAUUCCUCUUAAAACCUGAUUUUGGUUCUCUUUGUUCUAUGUAUCUUGUUAGUGAGAGCACAAAAAAAUAAAUCGCAGAACACUGUGCCACAUGUUGUAGGUAAGGGACUGAGAAAUGAAUAGGUUUUUUUUUUGUUUUUUUUUGUAGAGACAGAGUCUCACUUUAUCGCCCUCAGUAGAGUGCUGUGGUGUCACAGCUCACAGCAACCUCUAGUUCCUGGGCUUAGGAGAUUCUCCUGCCUCAGCCUCCCAAGUAGCUGGGACUACAGGCGCCCGCCAUAAUGCCCGGCUAUUUUUUUGUUGCAGUUCAGCUGAGGCUGGGUUUGAACCCUCAGUAUAUGGGGCCAGUGCCCUACUCACUGAGCCACAGGCGCUGCACAUCUGUGAAUAAGUUUUUGUGAAGGUAUUUUCAUGUGAUAUUUUAUAAACACAUUAAAGAAUUCCCAUCUCUUAGCAAUACAGGGAGGUUAGCUUUGCCUGGCAAAGGAGUUUCAAAAUCCCUGUUCAGAGUGGCGCUUCCCCCCCCCAGCAUGAGCUGUCUGCUGUGUUUGCUGCAUCCAGUGUCAGGUAUCCAUAGAUUGUUGGGUAUCAAGGAACUAGGAGCUUCAGAUUAUUCCUAAGAGCUUUUGAUGAUGGGCUGAGUGAGAGAGUACAUGCACUUGGCAAAUCCGAGGAUCUCUGAUCUCUAACUCUAAAGCAGUUUUAUCUGAACCCCAAAUAUGACACCGAGUACCAUUACUGAACCAGUCGGGAUGGUAGGUAUCCAUUAUCAAAAUUUACCUCUUACCUGGGAGGUGCCAUCUGAUAAGAAAGAAGACAGGUCAUUUUAAUCUCUUGGGAUGAUCACAGAAAAUUGCAGCCCAUACUCUUAAUUACAGAAUUCAAGUUUAGAAACACUCUUUGUUUUAAAUCAUGAUGGUUUUUGACCCCAGUCAUGUAUUUGGGUCAUAUUUCAGUGUUUGGAAUUCCAGGAAAGAACCUUAAAAACUGUAAUUCUACAGCGUGAGACCUGGGGUGACCAUUUGGGCAAAGCCCCAACAGCAGUCUUGUACUGUGUAUUGCAUUUCCUGGGAUUUACUGAAGUAAGAAUUCACUGUGGUUAUGUAGUCUCCUGGCCAGUGUCAGACAGCUCUGCUUUUAAUUUGCCUAAUUUUAUUUUCUCUAAAGAGGGAAAAGAGGCCCAAUUUAAUCUGUGCCUCCACAAGCAUAUUAAAACUCAUGUGUUAAUUCAUUCUUAAGCUUCUACAUGAAGUGUCUCUGGUAAAUGGAUAAAUGCACGUGUUCCCAGCUUUAAUAUUUUUUGCAACAGAAAGAUCAGAGUUCCGUGUGGCAUUGUUGGAUUUCACACAGUCCAUAAAUCUGAAUAUUGCCUUUAAUUUUCAAAUCUAUAUAACCAUGUGAUUCAUGCUGCAAAUGAAAUCAGGAAACAGCAUAGUGUUGAAGCAGGAGUAUUCUCCAAUUCACUUGUCUUCCUGAUCCUUGUACUUUAUUUCAUGUGUCAGUGUUUACAGAGCACAUUGUAUUUUCUGUGAAGAAAAAAGUGAAAUAAAUCAUGGCAGUUUGAUUUUC